AUGAGUCUUCCUGGAGUCACUUUAGCCCCUCCUAUGCAGUCUAGACAGGGACAGUUGGGUAGGAUGAGAUCGGCUACGGACAUAGCUGGUGUCAAGGGUAUCAACUCGCCUCUAACCGCUUUACGAAUACAACCAGACCUACUACCUUAUGAAUCCACCUCUCGGUCCACUGGCACCAACAACACGUACAGCAGCAGCAAUAACUCAACGUCUCAAUCUGGCAGUCAUGUUCCCCCUGUACCAAGUCUCGACUUUGACAUGUUCCGUCGUUCAGCUUCUCGUUAUUCUAUCGACUCGAUGUCUUCCCUCUCUACCAUUUCUCAACUUGAUAUGGACGAUGACGAUAAUGAUGAUGAUGAUGAUGACAAGACGGAAGGUGCCACCACACCUAGAGCCACUCGUUUCCAUCAAGCUGGCUACUUUGAGGGUCCUUCGGAUAAAACAGCACUCACCUCUCAAGCAGGUCCAAGUGAUGUAAAUAGACAACUCACUCCAAAACGUAGUUUCGUCAUUACUUCCCGACCAGCUCCUCCUCCUCCCUCUAGACCACUCCAGCCUUCUACCUCGAACAACACUCUACGUCCCGUUCCUGGUCGGAAUCGUGCUAAUUCUCGGCCUGAAACUAAAGACGUACCAACGGGUCUCCCUCAGACGGGAGUGGUCAUGAUGGACACGAGUAGCGUUCAUGGGGAACAAGGAGAUGAGUGGGGAGAAGAUGAAGCAAAUUUUGAAUGGCUUGAUGCGGACGCUCCAGAAGCGAUAAAUGGAACAGGGGAUGAAAAGGUAUCUCCGUCUAAAAAGCUUCUCCGUCUCAAGAGUGCUAUGGGUCGACCGACAGAAGGGAGGAGAUUGAAGAAACCUCUCGUAUUUGCUCGAAGGGCUCCACCACCACCUUUAGAGCUAGGUAGCGAGGCUCAAAGUCUACCAUCCAGAGGAAGGAGUAGAUCGGUAUCAAAACCUACCUCUCCUGUACAGAAUCCUAACCUCACCGGACAAACAUAUAUCUCUCAUCCGACUGUUCUGCAACCACGAAAGUCCAACUUACAACCAUCGCAAAUAUCUCAGAAAAUAACAGGCGAUCUCAGACCUCCAUUGACUUUGAGACACACUUCGGACGGUUCACCCAAUCGUUCAGGAUCUAAUCCCCGUUCACCGACGUUAUCACCUCAAAGACCCACUAUGGUAGCUUUGAAAGAUGAAGACGAUUCCAAACCGAGUGCUAAACUACACGGAGGACAAUCACGUAAUUCUCAAAUGUCAUUCCAAUCCGUCGCUUACUCUUUUUACGAUCUAGGGCCAGAUACGUCAGUUUCGCCCAAAAUACCAGCAUUGAUACCAUCUCCCAGAGAUAUCUUUUUUCCUAAUGGACGAUAUCAUAAGGUGUCGUUGUCCAAGUUGGAAAGAGAAAAGGAAAUGAGGGAAAGGACGAUGAGUGAGCCUGUGAAGAGGGGUAAUACGGGAAAGACUCCGGAUGAUUUUGUGGAUGAGGGGUUGGCAGCUAGGGAAAGAGGUGAUGCGGCCAAGGCGGCUUGGUUCUUUAUGAAAGCUGCAGAGGGAGGGAGUACGAGAGGGAGAAUACACUGGGGUCUUUGCUUGAAGCACGGAUCCGGCGUCGCACUCAACGAUAAGCGAGCCAUGGCUGAAUUGCUUCAAGCAAGUAGCGAGGGGGUCAUUUCUACCGACACAGAAUUUCAACUCCUUCCUUCUAUCCGACAACUAAAUCCUAAACCUCGUUCUCUACUUGUGAGAGAUCUCGCUACUUGCAUGUCUGAAAUAGGUUCAGCCUAUUUACAUGGACAAGGCGUGAAGAAAUCCUCUGAAACGGGUAUGAAGUACUUGCGGUGUGCUGCUAAUCUAGGCGAUAUUGGGGCUCAAGAACAACUAGGAUUUUUACUCUCUAGAGGUUCGGGAGGAGUCAAAAAGGACAUGAAGGAAGCGGCAAAGUGGUACAGAAUGGCAGUCGAUCAAGGUUCAGGAAGUGUAGGAUUAGCAUGGAUAUAUAAGAUGGUCUACAUGGGUUGA